GCGUUAGCUUUAAGCGUGCAUGCGUUCGCGCAACGCGUGUUUUUGCCGCCCGUGCCUGACCUAGGGCGUUACGUGAACUCCCGCGUUUUCGACUACGCAUAAAACGAUUGAAUUUGCAAUAAGAUUUAGCUUCCAGGAUGAGGCCACUGACUGCAGAUGAGACCAAGACGUUUUUUGAGAAAGUGGCGCGAUACAUUGGUGAGAACAUUCGGCUGCUCCUGGAGCGGCCAGAUGGCCUCUACUGCUUCCGCCUGCACAAGGACCGCGUGUACUACAUGUCCGAGACGCUGAUGCGGCACGCGCUCAGCUUCCCGCGCCACGCGCUCAUCUCCAUCGGCACCUGCUUCGGCAAGUUCACCAAGAGUGGCAAGUUCCACCUGCACGUGACGGCGCUCGAGUUUCUGGCGCCGUACGCUCAGCACAAGGUCUGGCUAAAGGCCUCGGCUGAGCAGCAGUUCCUAUACGGCCACCACGUGCUCAAGUCCGGCCUGGCCCGCAUCACGGAGAACACGAGCAAGUACCAGGGCGUGGUGGUGUACAACAUGAAGGACGUGCCGCUGGGCUUCGGCGCGGGGGCCAAGUCGACGGCCGAGUGCCGGCACGCCGACCCGACGGCCAUCGUCGUCUUCCACCAGGCCGACAUCGGACAGUACAUCCGCAGCGAGGACACGCUCACCUAGCCGCCGACCCUGCCGGCAGCCGCCUGCUCUGUGACGUCACUGGAUCGGCCGCGGCCGGCCGCGACUCCUCGGUGGUCGAUUGUUCCAGUAUUUGUGCCCAAUACAUUUGUCGUCGCCGGUGAUG